AUGUUCGCGUCGCUCCCACGGCAAGGCAGGGCCCUCAUGCUGGUCUGCGCCAUCAGCCUCGUCACCAUCUGGACCUACCGCCUCCCCCGCCUGUGCAUCUUUGACCAAUGCCCCAACUCGCCUAAAUCCGUCAUCCCUUGCGCCAGCGCUUUAGGUUACCAACGUCAAAGCAACAGCAACAGCAGCAGCAGCGACCUCGACCUGUCGGCCCCGGAUGCCCCCUUUGUCGCCUGGCCCUUGGCCCGCGUGUGCGGCGAGAACAAGAGGUGGACCCCGGGCCUGGUCUUCAUAUGCGACAACAACUCGGGCGGCAUCGGCAACAUCCGCAACUUCAUCCUGACCUGCCUGCGCUAUGCCAUCGAGGCCGGCGCCACGGGUCUUGCGCUGCCCACCAUCCAGUCACGCAGCGCGGACAAGUUGGACGACCUGUUUGUCGGCGACAAGCUGCCGUUCUCCUACUUCUUCGACGAGGCCCACUUCCGCCGCGGGCUCGCCGAGGCCUGCCCCCAGAUCACCAUCUACAGGGACGACCUCGCCGACCUGCCUGGUCUUGGCCUGGACAUCGAGGAGCCGGGAGGGGGGAGGCAGCGCGUGGCAGAAGCGCCCGAACAGAUCACGCCAAACCACUUUGGCCUGAGGGGAGGAUGUGACAUGCGCGACCUGAACCGCCACAGCGCCCUGUUCGGGGAACGGUUCCACGCCUUCCUCAGGGACAAGGACGAGAGCCAGAGCCAGGAGGGGGGGUCAAACCCGCAGCAGGAGGGGCAGCAGCGCCUGGCCGGACUCGCGGGCACCAUCCCGAAGCCCAGGCUGGUGAGGAUGAACUGGGGCGUGCAGUGGAACUGGCCCGUCCUCCAGGACGGGCCGGAAUUCGCGGCGUCCUAUGGGGGCCUGCUGCGGUUCCGGGCUGACAUCCUCUCGCUGGGGAUGAAGACGGCGGACGCGAUGCAGGCGCUGGCGCUGGCAUCCUCCUCGCCGGACAACAAUAACAACAAGAACGACAACAGAGACGGGCGCCGCGGCUCCUUCGUGGGGAUACACCUGCGCACCGAGAGCGACGCGCUGGGCGCAUGGCCCUCAUUCGCCAACCAGACGGCCGCGUACCUCGCCCGGGUGGCCGGCCUCGACCCGCCGCCGCCCAGGCACGCGUACCUCGCGACGGGGAACGCGACCGAGGCGGCGAGGCUGGCGGCGCAGGCCGAGUCGCAGCAGGGCCUGCGCGUCGUCACCAAGCACGAGCUCCUCGGGCAGCUCCCCCUGCUGGCGCGCCAGCUGGACGCCCUCAGCUGGGACCAGCAGGCGCUCGUCGACUUCGUGGUGCUGCUGCGGUGCGGCUUCUUCCUCGGCGUCAGCCCCAGCUCCUUCAGCAUGAACGUGGCGCUCAAGAGGCACCUUGGCGCGGACGCGGGCGCGGGCGCGGACGGCCAGGGCGGCGGCUCAAGGGGCUUGCUCACCCGGCCCUGGAGGGUCGGCGAUGCGCAGGGGGACGGGCGGAGCUGGCUUGUUGGCCGGUAUGAUCGCUACUGGGACGACUGGUUGUUUAUGUAUGACUCCCUGUGGCCUUGA